AUGAGUACACCUCACACCCACAUCCUCCCCAACACCCACCUCUUCCUCCGCCUUCCCUCUGACCUCCUCAAACUGAUCGAGAUCAAACCUAAUACGAUCAUCGACGUGGGCAAACUCGGCUCUUUUCCCUCUAAUCUCCUACUCGGUCGUCCUUACUACUUCACUUUCGAAAUACUUGACAAGGUCAACAAUGAAGCAUAUUCACGAUUGAGGGUAGUAACCCCCAGCGAGCUGAACGCGGAGGUGGUGACGGAGGAUGCUACGCCCUCGGAAAGUCGAGGAGAUCCUGGGACGCCGGUGGGGGAGGCAUAUGACCUGGUCGGCGAAGAUGGCACGGUGAUUAUGAAGAACAACCGCCUCACAAUCGACGACGCGAGUCGGCAGGCGCUGUCGCAGCAGGAGAUUGAGGAGCUGAAGAAAUCAGCAGGCGGGAAAGAGAUUAUUCAGAAGAUUCUGGCUGGACAUGCUGCGCUUGACGAGAAGACUGUGUUCGCGAAAGCAAAGUACACACUGCGGAAGACGAAGAAGUAUCUGAAGCGAUUUACUGUGCUGCCGAUGGAUUUGGGGAAUCUGAUUGACUAUGUUAUAGUCAAGGAGGCGCCGCGGAUUAUGGAGUUGAGGGAGGAGGGUUUGGGGUUGAUGAUGGCUUGGGGUCAUGCGCAUUAUAGUGGGACUGAUGGGAUGGAGGAGAAGACCGCUGAGCAGGCUGUUGGUGGGGGCAGAUGGCUAGUGGUUGAUGAUACUGGUGGAUUGGUGGUUGCUGCGCUUGCUGAGAGGAUGGAUCUUCUGUUCAAGCAUGAGAGACAGCAGGAUAACGCGGCGCAGGGCAAUGGAGUUACUGCGACGUUGAAUGGCGCCAAUGGAAUUUCACAUCACCAAGGAGACGAACCAGACGCAGAAAAGCGUGAGCAGCGUACCGACGACAACCAAGAAGUCUCGGACACACCAGUCAAACCCACUUCACACCUCGACUUCCCAAUACCUGCACGAACAAAUACCGUCACACUGCUGCAUCCCGCUGUACAGCCAAACGUCUCACUCCUCAAGUACUUCGGCUACGACACCAACCAACCCGAUCCACUAAAUCCACUACAUACGCACCUCAAACCUCUCUCCUGGCUCCAACUGCUCCAUCCCGAAGACGACGUGACCUAUCGCGAACCAGAGCGAGAACCCGACAACGUCCUCCGCAACUGGAAGAGCGGCAAGCGCGGCACCUACUGGAAGAAGCGGCGAAGGUGGGAGAGAUGCAAAGCUAUCGUCGACGAAACGAGACAAGGCGGCUUCGACGGCCUCGUCAUUGCCUCAAACAUGGAUCCCGCGUCCGUUCUACCUCACACCGUCCCACUCGUCCGCGGCGGCGGUCACAUCGUCAUCUACUGCCCGGCUCCAGAACCGCUGGUCAACGUCAUGGACCUCUACUCCAAGGAGAGGAGGACGGCGUAUAUCACACAUCUUUCCAAAGGCGAGACCCCGGAUCCUGUGGAUUUCCCUGUCGAUCCUAGGCUGUUGCUUGCGCCGACUAUGCAGACGAGCAGGGUGAGGGAGUGGCAGGUUUUGCCUGGACGAACGCAUCCGAUGAUGACGAGUAGGGGCGGUCCAGAGGGGUACAUUUUCACUGCGAGGAGAGUUGUGCCGUUGGAGGGUGGGGUGCAGGCGAAGGGGAAUUUUGGGGGGAGGAAGAGGAAGGCGGCGGAGGCUGCGGGCAUGGAAGGCGAUCAGGUGGCUGUUGUAGCUGGUGCAGAGGAAGGCUGA